GCUCCUGUCUCAGCGCUGCCAUUUCUACAACUGAAGACUAUUGGUGACAUUCAGCCUGAAACGUCACGGAGGAGAGAAGCGUGUCCAAGUUGCCCUCCUCCAACUGGAUUGUGGUAAAUGCACUCUAUAUGUCCCUGCAGCACAGACACGAGGAAGUCUAAAUACACCUGCAGACAAAUGCAUGAGUGAAAACAGACGGCAUUUUGAGUGUAGGUGGCAGAACUUGGUUCACAACAGAACUAAUUUACACGUAAGUGGAACAUUAGUUCAACAAGGAGGAUCAUCUUCUUUGGAGACUAAUGCAGAUGGUGUCCAUCGCUCUCUGUAGUGAAAUGGAGACAGAGCCAUAUUGUGAAGAGCAUAAAGACACCGCAGUGGAGCCCACAGAGCCUGAGGUAAGAGAGGCCAUUUCUGAGUUUGCUGACAAGGACAGUCGCACCGAGCCUGCAGAGACAGGCGAGGAGUUGCAAAGGAAAGAGCAGGCUGAAACAGAGAGCUGUGCCGGAGGGAUUAAAAGCACUGAGACAAAAAGCCCCUCUGAGCCCGAGCAAGAAGAUGGAGAGACAGAAUGCAAAGAUCCGAGGAAACUGAAAAAAACAAACAGCUGGAAGAUGGUAAGAUUUCAAGACCCAUCAACAGACGAAGAUGUGUUGGAGAGGGACAGGUCAGCAGAGAGUCUCUUUCCAGAAUAUGCGAUGGAGGAGUGGACUUCCUCGAACUUUGAGGAUCUGUUCAUGGCAGAAGACUGGCAGGACAUCACAGAGGAACGGCUGUUGAGGAAGAAGGUGCUGGAGCCUGGGGCCCCGCACGCCCUGUGCCCCACCUGGGGCCAGGAGGUUACUGUGAAGAUGCAGUGUGUCUUGGAGGACCGCACUGUGGUGGAGAAGGACUGCAAGCUUGUCUUCGUUAUCGGAGAAGGAGAUGUAAACCAGGCCCUGGAGGAGUGUGUCAUUUCCAUGCAGAAGGGUGAGAUCACAUUACUGCUGGCAGAUUCCCAGUAUGCUUAUGGACUUUUGGGAAGAGAGCCUGAUAUUCCAGCCUGGGCUCCUUUACUCUACCAGCUGCAGCUGCUGCACAUUCGAGAGAAACCAGACCCAUUAACUCUGCCAAUCGCGGACCGCAUCCGCAUCGGCAACCAGAAACGAGAGCGAGGAAAUUUUCAUUUCCAGAGAGAGGAAUACAGCAUGGCUGCCAGAGCCUAUUGUAUGGCUCUGGAUGUGCUGACCACACGCAGACGAGAUGGUAGCGACGGCGGCGUGGAGGCAGAGGAGAAUGAGGUGCAGGACUAUCGGGUGAAGUGUUUGAACAACCUGGCCACCACUCAGCUCAAACUGGAGCAGUGCGACGAGGCGCUGCACACCAGCCGGGACGUUCUGACCAUUGAGCAAAACAACGUCAAGGCCCUUUUCAGGAUGGGGAAGCUCCUGUCAGACAAGGGUGAAUACAAAGAUGCAAUGGAGGUGCUAAAAAAGGCCUUGAAACUGGAGCCGGCAACCAAGGCGAUCCACAUCGAGUUAUCUAAACUCGUCAAAAGGCAAUCAGGAGGCAAAGAUGCCCAGGAAUGGAAAGCCAAACCUGCAGAGAUUCUUGGAGACAGUAUCACACCUUUUCUGAUUCCUUCCAAGAAGGAACCAUCUGGAAUUUCCUGGAAGUUUAUACUCGGAGCUCUGGUGGUGGCCUUGGGAAGCUUAGUGACGUCAGUGAUUCUGACUGCAAGACACUGAAAUCUACUUUGAAGAUCCUCAUCACCAUCACCAUCAUCAUCAUCGUAUGAAGGAGUAGAGUUUGGUCUCCAGUCCUCUUUAGUCAGUUAAUUUGAAGGGACUUUACUACUGUGAAGACAUGAGAAGAUACGCGCCGCAGCAGCACCAGAGCCGGAACUUGUAUUUAUGUGAGUUUCACAUGGUAGAAAAAUGUUGUCUCUGAAGGUGCACAGUAUUGAUGAAAAGGAGAAUAGUACAGCAUCGGGUGAACUCACAAUAGCAGCAGAGAUACCUGCUGAU